UAUAUUUUAACAGGGUUGUGAUAAAGAGUGGCACGGUCACCCUAAAAUAUGACUGCCGCCCCCACUGGAUCUCCAACAUCAUUGGGCUAGAGUACUGUCAAUCUGACGAUGCCUGUAUGCCAUUGGAUCAGAGCGCUGUCAAUUGCUGCCUGAUCGUUGCAUGCUUGCAUUUGGAGCGCUCAUCAACGCCAUUAGAUCAAUGGGCUCUGUUAGUGCUUUGGCAAGAGACAGACUACAGUUGAACUUCACAACUGGAUCUCUGACCAUCAGAAACAUCAGAACCACAGACUCUGGAACUUAUCAUCUAGAUAUCGUUGAUCCUGAUAAGCUUUAUUACAGGGUCAAAGUAACGGGCAAGACAUUUACUGUCAUUGUUUAUGAAGGUACAUUCAUGUCCAAAUAUGUGCUGCUGUGUUCAGUGGUGAAUGUGAGUCAUGUGACUCUCUCCUGGUACAAAGGAAACAGUUUAUUGUCCAGCAUCAGUGUGUCUGAUCUCAGCAUCAGUCUCUCUCUACCUUUGGAGGUGGAGUAUCAGGAUAACAACACCUACAGCUGUGUGGUGAACAACCCUAUCAGCAACCAGACCACACAACUGGACAUCUGUCAGCUCUGUUCAGAUCAGAGCCAGGUGAUAGGGAUAAGUUGUUUGACUGUUGUUCUGGUUUUAUUGUCUGUGCCAUUCAUCGUUGUUGUUGUGAAAGUCUGUAGACGAGCAAAUCUAAAUGAUACCAGGAGUCGAACUGAGACCAGUCAAAAUUCCCCACCAGUGGCAUCCAGAGGGGACACACCAGACACCAGCGAUGAUGAACAGGACAAUGAAAAUUUGAUUCCCGGUUCACCCUCCUUAAGGGCACCAAAGGAACGUAUCUGUUUAACUAAUCUGUGCUGCAAAUAGUUACAGACACCUUUGCCAUGCCAUUUUACAAGUACAC